UGUACGAGGUGUACCUGAAGGCAGCACACGCUAUGAAAACUCAUUCAUCACGAGCUGUAUCCGUAUCAAGCUGAAGCUAGCCGUUAGCUCCGCGCGCUAACCAGAGAUAUGUGUUGCAAAUGAUAAGUCGGUUGUAGCGUCACCCGUCACCCGUCACCCGUGCAGCUGUUUCUAUCUAGCCGUAAUACCAGCUGAUAAAUAUUUCUACCUUGUACGACACUUUCCUGCCUGCUGUACUGGGAACUGAACGUCUCGUGUUAUGGGAGAUACACGGAGGUCAGACGAGCUGUGGGCUGUCAACAGUAAAAAUGUCCGAGUAAAACGAGCCCACCGCCGCUUUGACAGCUGUUUGUUGAUAUUGUAGCACUGAUCAACUUAAAAGUGAAUCAUGCCUGGGAAACUGAAGGCCAAAAUUGUGGCAGGUCGCCACUUGCCUGUGAUGGACAGAGCCAGUGAUCUUACUGAUGCUUUUGUAGAGGUUAAGUUUGGAAACACAACUUUCAAAACCGAUGUCUGUCCCAAAUCCCUCAAUCCUCAGUGGAACUCCGAGUGGUUCAAAUUUGAGGUUGACGAUGAGGACUUGCAGGAUGAGCCAUUGCAGGUCACAGUGUUGGACCACGACACUUACAGUGCUAACGAUGCCAUAGGGAAAGUUUACAUUGAUAUUGACCCGCUGCUGUGCAGUGAGGCUGCCUCUGUCAUCUCUGGCUGGUUUCCCAUCUAUGAUACAAUCCACGGUAUCCGAGGGGAGAUCAAUGUCCUCGUCAAAGUGGAGCUUUUCAACGAUUUGAACCGCUUCAGACAGUCAUCCUGCGGGGUCAAGUUCUUCUGUACCACAUCCAUUCCACGGUGCUACAGAGCAGUGAUGGUGCACGGGUUUGUGGAGGAACUUGUGGUGAAUGAAGAUCCAGAGUACCAGUGGAUCGACCGUAUAAGAACUCCUCGGGCUUCUAAUGAGGCCCGUCAAAGACUCAUCUCUCUUAUGUCUGGAGAGCUGCAGAGGAAAAUAGGGCUUAAGGUACUGGAGAUGGGUGGGAAUGCUGUGGUGGGUUACCUGCAGUGUUUUGACCUGGAGGGAGAGUCUGGCUUGGUGGUCCGGGCCAUAGGUACUGCCUGCACACUGGACAAACUCAGCUCCGGAAGUGCCCCCGGCACCAACACGCAUGUUCACCCUAACACAGCCCCUGCCUCCAAUGCCUGCAAUUCCCCUUCUAAGGAUGGAAAGGAGCCGGUAUUUGGUGAGGACCUGAUCUCGUCCUCCGGCCCGCCAACCCCUUUCAGAGCCCUUCCCACCACCUCCUCCUCUCCUCCCCCCUUCUCUCCCUCCAAGCCAUGCAGCCGCCAGUCCUCAUCAUCAGACACAGACCUCAGUUUGACGCCCAAGACGGUGGAGCAAGUGAGACGCAGGCCUGGGAUCUUCCUCUGCCCCAGCUCCCCCACCCUCUCUGCAGACAAUCUGUCCCUUCCUGGUACUGACUCAGCAGGCUGUGUUCACGGCUCUGCCCCCAGAGCCACCACCCUGCCCCCUCCCUUCACCAACCACUCAGACUCUGCCUUGCUGAGAAAGAGUGUGUCCUUCACUGAGGACCUGUUGCUGGCAGCCUCCUCUGGAAUGGGCAGUGGGGGCAGCGCCGGGAAGGAGGCAGGGCCUCUGAAGACCCUACUCAGACAGCAAACGCAGACGGCUCUUGAGCAGAGGGAGUUCCCCUUCUUCACCUUGACGUCUUUCCCACCUGGUUUUCUGGUUCACGUCGGUGGAGUUGUCAGCGCCCGCUCUGUCAAACUACUGGACCGUAUACACAACCCUGAUGAGCCAGAGACUCGCGACGCCUGGUGGGAGGAGAUUCGCCAGGAGAUCAAAUCUCAUGCCAAAGCUCUCGGUUGCCACGCUGUUGUGGGGUACAGUGAAAGCACUAGCAUCUGUGAGGAGGUGUGUAUCCUGUCAGCAUCAGGCACAGCAGCCAUCCUAAAUCCUCGGUAUAUGCGUGAAGGCUGCCUAGACAUCGGACUCACUGACCACAGGUUUGAUGAGCCGUCUCCUCCAAGCUGUGGGUUCUGCCACAUCCCAUAUGAUGAGAUCAACAUGCCCUUUCCCGCGCAGCUCACCUACUGUUACCUCUGCAGGCGUCAGAAGGUUCCUGAUGUGCUGUUCACAACAAUUGACCUGCCAUCAGAAGCAGCAGUCACUGGGAAGGGCUGCCUUAUCCAAGCCAGACUGUGUCGUCUGAAAAAGAAGGCCCAGGGUGAAGUGAACGCGACGGCCAUCUCCAACCUGCUGCCUUUCAUGGAGUACGAGCUGCACACGCAGCUGAUGAACAAGCUGAAGCUGCGGAGCAUGAACGCUCUGUUUGGCCUACACAUACAGAUCAGUAUCGGAGAGAACAUGCUCUUGGGUCUGGCUUCUGCUACAGGAGUGUACCUGACAGCCCUGCCGGCACCAGGUGGCAUCCAGAUUGCGGGGAAGACUCCUGGUGACCUGAGCAAUGAGCACCACAUCCUUACCAUCCAGAAAAGGAUCAACGACACCAUAGCUAGGAACAAAGAGCUCUACCAAAUAAACCCUCCGAAAUUAUUUGCCCUGGACCCUGACGUGUUCUGCGGCAUAAACAUGGAGCUGACAGAGGAAGUGGUGGGUUCCCCGAUUCCUGAGCCGAGGCAACGAUCCAGACUUUUCCGCUCGCACUCAGAGAGCUCAGACGAACUGUCAGAACUGGAUCUCUCCCAUGGCAAGAAGGAUGCCUUUGUCCUGGAGAUUGAUGACACUGAUGCUGUGGAGGACAUCCACUCCCUCCUUACUGAUGCUCCAACCCCCACAGGCUUCUACAGCUGCAACACUGAGGUCAUGCCUGGGAUUUACAACUGGACUUCAGGAGUUCAGAUGUUUACAUCAGUGAGGGUCUUCAGGUUGAGUCAUGCCAAUCUCACCAACCAAGGCUUGAACAAAAUCUUCACUGACUUGUGUGAGAAUCUGCUAAAGAGUUUUUACUUCAAGUUGCGCUGCAUGAUCCCCUGCUGUUUGUGUCACCUCAACUUUACUGUAGCAGUGCCAGAAGAAGAACUCAUACAGGUCACAGUGACAGCGGUUGCUAUGACGUUUGACAAAGACCAGACUCAGGAAAAGCCAGACAAGCCCGCCACCAGAGGAGUUAUUGAGACUGAAGAGCAGCUGCAGUUUCCCUUGGAGUUAUGUGCAGACCCGUCAUCCACCAACAUUCAGCCAUCAUCCAAAAUCUCAGGUGUCCCAGAGAGUACCAACGUGUCAUCCAGAGCUGCCUCCGUUGAUUACGGUUCCUUUGCAGACAGAUGCAGCACCUGGCUAGAGCUGCUUAGGCUGAAAGCUCACACCAUAAGACGAGGAUCAGUUAAGACAAGUAGGAGGACACAGUCUCUAGCACACCCCGUCUCAUCUUUGGAGCGAUCGAGUCCCGUGCCUGAGGGACGAUCCCGCUCGCUGCGCUCCAACCGCUCGUUAGGGGGCAGUUCGGUCACCGUGGUGAAGAUGACGCCGCUCUCCUUCCUCCCUGGGACACGCAUCAUAAAGUACCUUGGGAUCAUAAACAUGUUUUUUAUCAGAGAGACAACAUCAUUACGAGAGGAAGGCGGUGUCAGUGGCUUCCUCCAUUCAUUCAUAGCAGAGGUGUUCGCGAUGGUUCGAGCCCAUGUAGCAGCCCUGGGUGGCAACGCAGUGGUGUCCUAUAGCAUGAAAGAGUGUGUGCUAAUGGAAAAUCCAAACAAGAACCAGGCUCAGUGUCUCAUUAAUGUGAGUGGCGAUGCCGUCAUCUGCGUCAGGGAAACGGACCCCGAGCUCACCUCCUCAGCAACAACUAUCGGACAGACCUGCACUAGUGCAACAGACGGGGCUACGUGACACACAGAGACACAGAGACCGUCUGAGUGAACACACUCUCUGAGUCUAGCCGUCCAAAUAUGAGUCAUUUAUGUCUGCCUUAAAACUCUGUAAAAGAUCCAAAGGUUUGGACACAGGUAAUAAAGAACAAGUACUCAUGCACACUGAAAAACAUGCAGUCUGGAUUAAUAUGGGUGUGCAGGAAGGAUGUUUCUUUAUGUUUAAAGACAACAUCUGUGCAGGAGACACUAAUAUAACUCUUUGGGUAAUCUGAGUGUUUCAAAACAACCAAAGGACCCCUCUGCAUUAAAUGUUGCCUGUGUAUUAAAUCCGUCCAAAUUGGGGUCACCCAAAGUUUUACAGUAUGUCGGCCAUGCCUUCGUGUGUGGGCACAAGUGACGCUCGAGGCAGCUAUGACUAAUUUGUCCAUCCACAGCUCACAGGAGGAGUCAUUACAUGGCCAAUGCCAAAAGGGACACAGUUGCAUACCACCAGAUAAUUUAAAAACAGUCAGAUUCUCACUCGGUGUUUGACUCUGCUGCGAGUAACUUGCAGAUUAAAGGCCCAUCUAUUCAUUUCAUAGUGGCCACGUGGUGACUGUGUCAAACAAUGCGAGUAUUUAGAAUUCAGCAAAGCCGGUGCUGAUGCUCAAAAUAGAAAAUUCACACAAGAAUGGAAAUGUUGAUGCUAGAAACAACCCAGAUGACCCUGUGAUGCCAUUCGGUUAUAAAUAUCUACUUUAUACUUCAUGUCCAGUUUUAAUGUCUAAAUUAGAUUUUGUUGAUGGAUAAUCUUCCUAACCGCUGUUUCAGUAUGGCUCACAGGCAGUAUCCUACAGGUAAUCAGAUUUCUCCAUUAAGUGUCAAAAAAUGAUGUCAUCUAUAAUAAUGAUUAAAAAAAACAGGCCAGGAUUACAGGCAUAUGCACAGAUUUUUGUAGCGCACGGAUUUUUCUUUAAAAAUAGCCAUUACCGUGUAUUCCAGUGACUAUUUUAUAAAUUAAAACUACUAGAAUUUUUAUUGCUUCAUCUAAAAAUGGUCAAAAUGUGUAUGCUUUUUAUACACUUACAUCAGGAGUGAGAGGGCAAAUGGUGAUGGGUAUAAUGUGGCCCUUUGGGGUUUAGCACCAGGGAUGUUUCAUAGGAUAAAGUGAGGUAAUUUUGUGCACCGAGGCCACUCUUGCUUCACUCGCAGCUCCAGGAUCAGUUCCUCUCGUUGAUGCUGUCAGUGUCAUAUUCCACACACUUUUGUCAAGCUUCAUCACAUGUUCUGAAUACUUCUACUGCUACUGAUCUGUCCAACAUUUAUGUCUAAUGCUGGAGAAAAAAACAUAACUUCUGGUGUAGGUGCCACCUGAAAAUAAAGUGUAAAUGGUCUCUAUCAGAUUUUAGUAUUUUUGUAAUGUAAAGUUUAUGAAGACUACAGCUUAUUUUGCCUGUGCAAUGAAUUCCUGAUGUUCUGAGUCACUGUGUUAGAGAAUUAUUGAUACUCUAAUCUAUUUGUGUGAUCAGUUUCAUAUGUCUGUGUCUAAAACUUGAAUGUACAUACUUAGAUGCUUUGGCUCUCUGACUAGCAGCAUGCAGACCUACUUUUUAUUGCCAUGAAUCUGUAUGCUUGCCUGGUAAGUCUUGCACAAUAAACUCAGUCAAACAAA